ACUCGGAGGCUUCUGUAGUCACAGUCACGAUGGUGACGCCCAUUCCGACAGAACUGAUACCAGAUAACCGUAUAGUAGUGCUGGAAAUACGAGCGUCAUCACCACAAGCGAACACCGCUUUCGCCACCAUAGUACUCGAAGCUAUUCUCGAGGACGACACUCCCCCAACGAUUCAGCUAGCGUUCGACGCGCCGUUCUACACAGGAUCGUACAACACGAUUGAUGGCCUACGUCUUGACACGUCCAUCGCUUUAGCCGGAGGGCAUGACGCCAACACUCAGUUCGGCCUCCAAGGAGAAAACUCUCAGUGGUUCAGCGUAAGCGCAGGUUCGAAUACCGUCACUAUUGUGGUGUCCAGUGCGAUCCCGGAGGCCGUGCUAGCAAGUAAUCGGAAAUUCGUCUUCCUCAUCACAGCGCAGAGACCGGGAGCUCUCUCAGCGCAAGCGACGAUUGUCAUAUCUCUCACUGCGGACGAAAGCCCACAAGGCCCCACUCUUGGAUUCGAUCGAGUGACAUACCUCGGCACUAUACAGAAUGACGUGGCACAAGUUGGACCGAUUACUAUCAUCCAAGGGUUCACUGAUGACGUCACACUCGCUUUGUACGGAGAUCUGGCGGUCUACUUCACCACUCGGAGGCUUCUGUAGUCACAGUCACGAUGGUGACGCCCAUUCCGACAGAACUGAUACCAGAUAACCGUAUAGUAGUGCUGGAAAUACGAGCGUCAUCACCACAAGCGAACACCGCUUUCGCCACCAUAGUACUCGAAGCUAUUCUCGAGGACGACACUCCCCCAA